AUUCAGCACACUACCCUGCAGAAAUACGGAGUUGCAGGAGAAGACGUUAAUUUCGUUACAAUGGCAGAGAAUAUGCAGCCAACAGCUCACCCCGCUAAAAAAGGAGAAGAAACCCUGAGGCUGUAAUGGCUGCUACAAAAUAAGCUCUGGAUAAGGAAAGAAGUCAGACCCCAGUCAACAUCGGUGCAGCGUUUGAGUGGUGGAGACAACUGGGGCAUGUGAAGGGCCCGAAAAGUGAUGCAGAGGUUGCUCUCUUUCUGUUGGACAGACUGACUUCAGACCAGAAGAUGUGUGAUUCUGUGAAGGUGAAGAAGGAGGAGGAGGAGGAGGACGGGGUCGAGUCUCCAGGAUCGAGCGGUCUCUCUGUGAAGACUGACGAGUCUAAAGAUCCUCCUCCACGCUUUGGCAAACUAAGGGAGAAGGCUCUUCUUCCUAUGCAGAAGCAGCUUUCUGUAUCUACGAAAAGUGACUGGUUGAAAGAUCCACCACCAUACCCAAGUUCUCUAGCUGAACACAUCUUCAGAGUGACUUCAGAGCAGAAGAUGAGGGAUUCUCUGAAGGAGGAGGAGGAGGAGGAGGAGGAGGUCGAGUCUCCAGGAUCGAGCUGUCUCUCUGUGAAGACCGGCGGCUCUAAAGAUCCUCCUCCACGCUUUGACACAAAAAGGAAGAGAGCUCUUCUUCAUAUGCAGAAGCAGCUUUCUGUAUCUACGAAAAGUGACUGGUUGAAAGAUCCACCACCAUACCAAAGUUCUCUAGCUGAACACAUCUUCAGACUGACUUCAGAGCAGAAGAUGAGUGAUUCUGUGAAGGUGAAGAAGGAGGAGGAGGAGGUCGAGUCUCCAGGAUCGAGCGGUCUCUCUGUGAAGACCGGCGGCUCUAAAGAUCCUCCUCCACGCUUUGACACAAAAGUUGUGAAGAGGAGUCAUGAUUCUGAAGAGGAGCAGCUCUCUUUGGAUGCUGACUUGUUCCAAGAUCCUCUUGGAAAGAUGGUCAAGCUCCGUACUUUAUCCCGACCAUCAGACACAAAGUCGUUCACAGUGAUCAGCUCUCCGGAGCAGUAUCAGAGGUAUAAGAAUGAUUUCAACAGUCAGUACAGAGAGUACCGGCGUCUUCACGCUAAGAUAGAGGUCAUCCAGCAGAACCUUACCAAGCUUCAAAAUGAUCUUAAACAGGUCAAGCAAAGCAAAGCAAACAAAAUAAUCCAGCAUCAGUUAAUUCAAGAGUGUUUGAAAAUAAAAAAGACUUAUCCGAACUAUAAGCUAGAGAGGAAACGCGUUGAAUAUCUACACAACAAACUGGGACAUAUAAAGAGAAGUAUUAACAGGUACAACAAAAGUCGUCCUCGUAAAGUCUUGCCACUCGGAGGCCAUCCUGGCGACGUCAGCAGGGCUCCACCUGAACAACAUCCGUCCACAUCUGAGUCUAACCUCGCUGUGUCUGAGGACUUCAGAGAGGAGAGUAAAGAGGAUGAAGAGGAUCAGCUGUGUCCUGAUCUAGAGAGGUCGAACCAGCAGCAUCAGCUUCUGUGUGGAGAGGCGCAAAGUACAAAUGAUAAGCAACAUUUCCAACCUGAGCUGCUAACUGAGUCUGGAAAGACGUCAUACAGGUUUUGGUGUCCUGGUCCAGGUGUGUUCCACUGUGAAUUGACUGGACUGGUGUUUGUUAUGGUUCAGGAGGCGGAGCUACUGUACAGGACCGUCCAAUGGGAUGAGAGCCUCCUCAGAUCAGCUGACAAGAUGGCUGCAGGGCUGCUGUUUGAUAUCAAGUGUUCAGAGGAUUCUGCUGUCUGUCAGCUCCACCUGCCUCACUGUGAAGUUAUGGAUGCUCCGCCGCCUGAAGGUCUGCUGUCUGUCGUCCACAUCACUGACGAUGGAAUGAACUUCCUCGAGCCGCUGGAGGUUACAGACACUCAUGUGGUCGUCACAGUCUCCCACUUCUCCGCCUUUGGCAUAGUGAAGAGUUUUUUUCAAAGGUUGUUGAACAGCAACGACAUGAGACCAGUUGGAGGCCAAGUCCUGUUGUUCCUCGGACAGCCAAACUCAAAAACACAGAGACAAAAACUCAACGUGUUUCUCCUUCCAGGGAACAUCCACCUGGAUGAGGUGAGCGUGCAGCAGCGAUAUUCAGAGAACAUCCAGGUUCCUUCAAGAUGUAAACUCUUUGAAGAUCAGAGUUACACUCUUCACUGUUCUCAGGCCAUUAAGAUACAGCCCAAGAGUGCAGAUUUCAACAUGGAGUUUGGACCAAAUUACUUCCCGACGUUUGAGGUCCGCCUGCCGACAACCACAGAAGAAGUAACGUUACUGGUCAAAGAUCAUGGACAGUCGAUGGUCUGGGAGCAUGACAUUGAUCUCACCGAUUCAAGAAGGAGAACUGCACAGAUGAUCGUCCCAGCAGAGGGAUACGUGCCGGCAGAACAGAAGCUGAGCUCUAUCAGGACGCAGUUUGUAGAGCGAGUGUCUGGAUCUGUUCUGAACCAGAUUCUGGACAAACUUCUUGAUUUGGACAUUAUAAAUGAUGAAGAAAUGCAGUCAGUCAAAACACAACCGACCACACAGGAUAAAGCACGAAAAUUGAUCGACAUGGUGCGAAAAAAGGGAGCUGAAGCCAGCUCGGUCCUGAUCGCUGCUCUCCGUAAGGUGGAUCCAAGUCUUUCCAGACAGCUGAAGUUGAGCUGAAGAAAAAUCAAGAAACGUGUGUGAUGAUGAAUCUUCAUAACAGCUGGCUGUUUAAGGCUCAUUUGAUCAGGACCAAAGGGGGAAAAAUGCACUUUGAAUGCUUGUAGUUUGUAUAUUCAUGUUGUUCGGUGUCAGAGGAACAAGAGGUAACUAAUCAUGAGCAUUAUUACUGUUGUCGGACUGUGAAUCACGUUAUGAAUAAUGACUAACAGGAAGCAGCUUGUACGUGAUUUGGAGCUUCUCACUGUGGCAUCACUGAAACACUUUUAAUGGACUGACUGAACCAACAAAGUAAACGUCUCACCUGCUCAUCAGGGAAAAUAAAAAUAUAUUUAUACAAUGAUUCACGUCAGGAGAGUCUCAGAAAAUCCCACACAAAUGCAAUGAGACUAAGAAAUGAGUGACUGAAUCAGUGUGAAAAUGCAGGUUGUUUGUUGUUUUUGAUGAAAAUUGUAAAUACUUUUAAAUACAUAGUAUAUUUACAUAUUUGUACUACAUCUAUAUAAACCAAGGAAAUGUUUUGCUUGCAUCAAAAACACAUUUUUUAACCUUUUUUAUAUGUUAUUUUAUAUUUUUACACAGAUUUUUUUUAAUGUAUUGAAAUGUUUUUUUUUUAAUGUCAUUUAUGUAUAAAUCCUGAAAUACAUUAAUUUAUUGAGACUGAUCUGGCUUUCUUUGUACUAACUGGGAAAAUGCAAAGUUCUGUUGUAGCCGAAACCGAAGCCGGUUACUUGUGAAGGCGUCCUCACACUCUCACAUCACAACUUUGCUCGACAUUUUAUGCAACUGUACCACCGACACAAUGUGCUUUUUUUUCUGUCCGAAUACACAAACAGUCAGAAAACAAUUAAAAUGAUCAAUAUGUUGGCAGAGUUGGCGAAGUGGGCGUGUUCAGAGAAAGGGCGCCAUAAGUAGGAAGGAGCCGGUGACCGUCAUUCUCUUUAAGUUGCAGAUUUCUGUAUCUCAGUUUCAAUCCUGUCCACUGAAAUACAUCCAUGGAGGAACCUUUGGCAAUGAGAACUCAACAGAACAGAAGAGUACGUUGCUGUUAAUACGUCUGUCUGAGGAUUAAGUCAAUGUAAAACUUCUUCAAAUGAAGUUCAAAUGUUCUUUUUUGUUUUUUUCAGGAAAUGUGUACUGAGCACUUACAGCAUGUAAUGUAGUAAAAAAAAAAACUCCCGAGAACUCGUGUCAGACAUGAGCAAGUUAACAGGUGAUUUUAGGAUAAUACUGUGAUUCAUGGGAUUUUUAUAGUUUUCUGCUUCUUCUAUUGGAUAUUAAUAUUUCGAAUGUUAGUUGUAUUUGUUUGUUCUUGAUAAUUCUCCUGACAAUUAACAAACAUGCAGUUUGCCACAACCACUUUGUUUUGUGGCCUGUGUACUGAUAAAAAACAAACAGUAGGGAUAAAAAUAUAUAUAAUACAAAAUAGAAGAAGCAGUCUGUGUUGUGAUACAGUUCAGCAUUAGUCUGGAGUCAGUGGGUCACAUGAAAUGGAAGCUUUUGAAAAAAAAAAAAGCCAUUAUGAUAUAAUACUUUUUCAAAAUAAAUAUAUAACAAAUAAGCAAUCAAAAUAAGUACUACAUGAGAUCAGUUUAGUAUUUAUUUUUUAAUCAUAAUAUUCACUAAAAUCAUCAAGUCAGCGUGAAGAAACAUUUGUUUUUUUGUGUAAAUUAAUCAAUAGUGUAAUUUAUUGAUGGUCCCUAAGUCGGCCUCCAGCACAGUACCAGGUUCUGGGAGGCAGCUAUCCGUCCUCCUGCUGUCAACACUGGGUGACACUGAGGAAGAGGAGCCGCUGGGUGUCAUAAAAC